UGCCGCCCGCGGAGAGGGAGCUCGAGGCGAUUGGCGGGGACUCGGAAGCCAGGAUCCUCGCGGAGCCGAGAGUCUUGAAGACUAACAGUUCCUUGUCAAAGGCAGCUCUUAGUCGAAAGCUCCUCUCGCCAAAAUAAAGGGAUCCAUCCAAACUGAAGUCCGGAAGAGAAAGGAUGGGGGCUACGGGCUGACGCACGGUGCAAGCCGCGCCGUUUGCUUGUCAAGUUCGGCGGACCGCUCCUGUCCGGGCGCCCGAAGCCCGCGGCGGCGUCUGAGAGCCAGUUUUAGGUGUGGCUUGUACGGCCUGAGGAGCGAGAACUUCGAAAAUGGGGAAAUAGAGGAGCGGGAGUGGAAACAAUUAAGCCAGACAGCACGUGGGGAAAAGGGGAAGCGCACCGGACUGGGCACUCCUGGGGUGCGCCUCUGAGCCUCUGAUCCCCUCCCGGAGCAUCCCAGCGAUUCCUUCCAGAUGCUAAGUCCUAAGUGCUUUGAAGAGCAAAAUAGCAACAUGAACCACAAAAAAAUAUGCCUUAGGGUCACGAGCGCUGCCCCUGAGGACUCCUGGUGGCCAGCAGCUCCGAAGCCACUCAGGCGCUUGGCCUCCAGCUCCUACUGACACAUCCGGGCAUCCUGUCUGCUGGCCUUCCAGCCUGGAAGCCUACCCGAACCAUGGAGGCCCCUGAGGUCCCCGUGGGAGCGCUGAUUGACUUCGGGACUGAGCCGUCCCCCUCCUCGCCCCUAGAGACACUGCCUCCGAAGCUGCGGGAUGGGGACAGCUCCCAGGGCGACGGUGCUUCGGAGAGCGAGACCACAGAGUCUGCGGACAGCGAGAAUGACAUGGGCGAGUCGCCCUCACACCCGUCCUGGGACCAGUACCGCCGCUCCUCCUCCAACGAGUCCUUCUCUUCCAACCAGAGCACCGAGUCAGCCAAGGACGAGGAGACCCUGGAGUUCCGGGAGUUCAUGCGCAGCUACGUGGAGAAGAUCUUCUCUGGAGGGGAGGACUUGGACCAGGAGGAGAAAGCCAAGUUUGGAGAGUACUGUAGCAGUGAGAACGGAAAGGGCCGCGAGUGGUUUGCUCGAUACGUGAGUGCCCAGCGCUGCAACUCCAAGUGUGUCUCGGAGCCGACCUUCUACCGCCUGGUGCAGUCUUUCGCCGUGGUCCUGUUCGAGUGUCAUCAGAUGGACGACUUCGGGCCUGCCAAGAACCUCAUGACCAUGUGCUUCACCUACUACCACAUCGGUAAGCCGCACCUGCUGCCUUCCGAGUCCAAGGAGAAGCCCGCGGGGAGCAUCGACUCCUACCUGAAAUCCGCCAACAGCUGGCUGGCAGAGAAGAAGGACAUCGCUGAGCGGCUGCUGAAGAACACAUCGGCCAAGACAGAGAACGUCAAGGGCUUCUUUGGGGGGCUGGAGACCAAGCUGAAGGGACCCCUCGCCAGGAAACCCGAGGAGGAAGAGAACAAGCCCAAGGAGAAGCCGCAGAAGACUGUGACCGUGUGCAGCCCGGAGGAAGAAAGGAAGGGGGAGAAGAUCUACCUGUACACACACCUGAAGCAGCAGCCCAUCUGGCACACGCUGAGGUUCUGGAACGCGGCUUUCUUUGACGCCGUCCACUCUGAGAGGAGAAAGCGGUCUCCCACCACCAGAGGGGAUGCUGGAGAGGAGGAGAAGAAGAGGGAGAAGUGGUGCCACAUGACCCAGGAGGAACGCAACGACAGUCUACGGUUCAAUGAGAACAUCACCUUCGGGCAGCUGGGCACGUUCACUCACAACAUGCUGGCGUUCGGGCUCAACAAGAAGCUGUGUAAUGAUUUCCUGAAGAAGCAGGCCGUGAUCGGCAAUCUGGACGAAGAGCAAUACAAGCUGCUGAGCGACCACAUUGAACAGAUGGCCAUCGAGUAGGCAGGCCGUGGGAGGUCGCCCAGAGCACUCUCCAGGAGGACUGAAGGUGCACACCCCUUUCCUGGGCCAGCGACUGGCUGUCACCCCACCUGAAGACCCUGCAUGACCUCGGCAGCACCCAGAGCUGCUCCACACUGCCCUAGAACUAGCGGUUAGAACAAUCUGGUUGCCCGUCUCCCCACCUCCCUUCUGCCUUGUCUGCUCCCCCCACCCGCGUGCCAUAGGGUCCCUGGGGUUACACGAUAAAACCAAGGUGACUGCCCCUA